AUGUCUAUAACUCCAAAACUCCCAGGGCUAAAAAUCCUGGUUUUUGUGAGAGUGUUGGAGAUGGUCCAGGCCACGUCUAUCAUGAAGAAAAAGGGGGGGUUAUCGAUUGUCAAGUUGUGCUGCACUCUUUGCUCAAGUUCAAACCUCUCCAUUGCGUGUAUCGGACACACCAAGAGCAAGUGUUGUAUUGUCUCUGAUUGUGCUGGGUCGCAGAUGCACGAUGGACUCUCCUUGCACUUAAAGCGACUAAGGUAUUCGGAAAAUCCACCGUGCCCCGUCAUGAUUUGCGUAGUCAGGCAACAUACUUACGUUCUCGCUGCUGACGUAGAGCAAAUGUACAGGCAAAUCUCAGUUCAUCCGGACGAUCGUUACUUACAACGCAUCAUCUGGCGCGACGAUCCAGCUGCUCCUGUUCAAGCCUGCGAGCUUAACACUGUGACGUAUGGCACAGCUAGCGCUCCUUACCUCGCAACGCGAUGUCUUCGUCAGCUCGGCCUUGAAUAUUCUAAUGAGAGGGUGUCAGAGGUAAUCUUGCAUGAUUUCUUUGUCGACGAUCUGUUGACCGGCGGGGAUGACCUGUCUGAAGUUCAGGAUUUGCGUCAGAAGGUGUCGGCCGUUCUUGCCUCUGCUCAGAUGGUUUUGCGAAAGUGGAAGUCUAAUGAGUCCACAUUGAUGAGUGAACCUCAUCUUUCCAAAUCAUCUCUUGAUCUGAAUGUUGGCACUACAGAGUCUAGCAAAACUCUAGGCCUCAGAUGGCAUCCUCAGUCUGAUUUGUUGUAUUUUCCAAUUUGCUUGUCAGAUCAUACUUGUUAUACUAAGCGUGACAUGCUCUCACUGAUCUCGCAGAUAUUCGAUCCAUUAGGACUCCUCGCACCUAUAGUUAUAGUAUUAAAAAUGUUACUGCAAAAAUUAUGGUUGCAUAAAUUGUCAUGGUAUGAGCAGUUAUCCCCUGAAAUUAAGAUGCUUUGGGUAGAUGUAAUUCGUGAUCUCCCUCUGUUGAAUAAAAUAAAAAUUCCUCGUCAUGUUCUCUGUAAAUCUCAUAAAUUCAUUGAAUUUCAUGUAAUGACAGAUGCUUCAGAAAAUCCAUAUGGCGCCUGUCUGUAUGCGCGAAGUGUCGACCAGUCGGACGAAGUAACUGUGCGCUUGUUGAUGGCUAAGAGUCGCGUAGCCCCACUUAAGCCGACGACUAUCCCUCGGCUCGAGCUCUGUGCAGCUGUAGUUGGGACUCGACUCUAUGAGAAAGAAAUGUCAUCAUUACGAGUACAGGCUACACGCACUUACUUCUGGACUGACUCUACAAUUGUUCUUUGUUGGCUGAAAAUGAUGCCAAAUAAAUUACAGACCUUUGUGCGCAAUAGAAUUGCUGAAAUUCAGGACAAAACUGCAAGCUGCGAGUGGAGACAUGUCCCGAUAGCACAAAAUCCUACUGAUCAUCUCUCUCGUGGUGUUACAGCUACUGUUUUGUCUGAUUUAGAUCAGUGUUGGUCUGACCCAGCCUUCCUGAAGGAGUCACCUUCAAGCUGGCCUGGCAACAUGUAUCAGCAUGCGCAAAAGGACGCUCUGCCUGAAAUUAAAUCUUCUGUGUCAUUGCACUCUCAUACUAAUCAAAAUUAG